AUGAAGUGGCUUGGCGAGGCUCGCAAGCAUGAUCUGUGGGACUCAGAGGUCGAUAAGGCUAGGAGACUAGUCAAGCCGCCUGGAUGGGAGUCAGAUUCUGAUCAAGUGGUCAAGGUUAAGAUGGAGAAUAUCCUCUGGCUUGUUAAAGUCUUGAUCAACAAGAAAGGGAUGGAUUGCCGACCACACAGUCCCCCCGGUUCUGGACCGCCACCCUCCUCUAGAGGCAAAGGAAUGAAACGCCGAGUUGUUUCUAAACCCAAUGCGGAUCCGAAUGCUUCCAUCAGCCAGCUUGAAAAACCCCCAGCCAAACAAAGCCAACAAGUCGAGAUCGAUCUAAUGUCUUCAGAUGGCGAUGAACCUAAGCAAUCGACAAGUUCACAUACCUUGAUACCUGCAAAAAAGCCACCACUCGAGAUUAAUCUGAUCUCUUCGGAUGCUGAGGAACCGAAAGAAGCCAAAAGCUCGCUUCCGGUCCAAGUCAAACCUAACGCCAAACGACAGUAUGUCUCGACAGUUUCCGACUUACUGGAGCUGUGUCCCCUGUCAAAACCCAGCAAGGUGUGUGACCGAUGCAAGAUUGAAGACCUGUUCAGGAGGAAAGAGUUUUGGUGCCAUUGUGGAGCGAAGAAGAAGAACUUACACGGUGGACGAAUUGAGGGAGCACAAGAACACUGGAAAACCGCUACGUGUAUCAAGAAGACAGCCGAUAUUCGUUCCAGUAAAGUCCUGACGACUUUCUUUUCAGCUACGCCAAAGGACCCAGCAGUCGUCCAGCGUUUGAAAAGAGGCUACUCUGAGAUUGCAUGUCCUGGUUUAAACAAUGUCACAUGGAUUCAAUCACGAGCAACGCAGAGCAUCGAAACUUUUCUAGAGAAUACUUGUACAAUUUACCGCGGUAAUGUACGACACAAGCUGUGCAAGGAGCUCUUUGGCGAGAACGCUACCGAAAAGUCCUUAUCGAAGGCCGACAAGGCCAAAUUUCUAGACGCAUUAGAUGCACGCGCUAUUUGGCUAGUUAAACGGCACGGGUCUCGAAACGCUAUCUACUCUCCGGUGUGCCUCAAGACAUUCAUACACAGAAAAUCCGAUCCCAAUACGGCCUGCUCCAAGUGUUGUUCACUCAAAGAAGUCCAAAGUUUAAACAGUGCAAUCAAUCACAAAUACGCUGGAGCUGAUACCCUCAAGUUCACCAACGACACGCUUGUUGAGACUGAUGCGUAUAAUGCCAAACUUGUAGAGUUCCAUGACCUUCGCACAUGUGGAAAAUCUCUCGAAUCUUCGCAGGGUGGAGACUUUAGCAACUACUUAAACCAUGUUUCUAUCUUGGCAAAAAAAGGGCUCUUCAAGAAUCGUGAAGCUGUGAAAGGAUUAAUCAUGGGGGUUACGGUGCGAGCAGAGCGUGAAGAUGCAGGCAAGUCGCUUCGAGGAAUUCGUUCCGCUCUCAACCUGUUCACCAAAACCUUUGCCGGUCGAACCGCACGGAGUCAACGUCAAAUUCAAGCUCGUGAAGGUGGGAAAAUGGAGCCUGGGAUCCAUGUUGCCAACUUCACUCGAAUUGCAACCAACCUGGCAACCCUCGGUUACUCGGGCCCCAUUGCAGCGGCUUCUGAUCAGACAGUAUGUGUCAAAACGCUUCGACACCACAACGGUUUCUUGGUUGGUGCACAGGGGCCAGAUGUGCCCUUCAAAAAUGCAGAGGAGCUUCGCAGCUUAGUGGAGGAAAUAGUCAAGGAGGACAAAUUAUGCUCGCAGAUACGAGCAUAUACCAUCCAGGUACCUCUCCCAAAUGUUCCAACAUAUGUAGUAGCUCUCAUUGCUAGUCGAUCAAAUGAAGGAGCCGACGACAUCGCAUCAGAGCACGAGAAGGUCAUCACACUUGCUCAUGAGGCCGGAAUCAACAUUCUUUCAAUGGGAGCGGACGGAGCUGCGACCGAGUUCUCUGCUCAAGAAAAGCUAGUUCAAAAGUCGACCCAAUUUUAUAACUAUUCAAAAGCAAGUCUCAAUGUUUAUAUCAAGAUUCCACUUUUUGGAAAUCCACCCCGCCCAAUCAUAAGUAUUCAAGACCCCAAGCACGCUCGAAAGACUGGUGCAAACCAGUUACUUUCAGGUGCUUGCUUGAUGGUUAUUGGAAAUUCCACGGUCACUAUCCAGCAGCUUGCAGAGAUCCUUAAAAUGGCCGACUCUCCACUUCACCCCAAGGAUGUAUUUGAUUCUGAUAAACAAGAUGAUGGUCGUGCGCUGCGGACUUUUAGUGCUCCAACUCUAGCCGCUGCACUUCGGCUUGAAAACAAUACCGCUUUGAUCAUAGCUCAUUGCAAAUACUAUCCUGAAUACCCUCUCUGCCCUUGGAAGCAUGGAACUGAACCUUGCAAGCAUAUAUUUGGAUGGAUGCGAGUAGUUUCACCACGCUUCUCAGUCCUGGAUGCCCGAUUUAUGAUGCCUAAAAUCCAUGCAGUGGUCAAAAGUGCCAUGGGUGGCAGAAUCAAAAUACCGCCUUCGGAGCACUUGCAUGCCGGCUAUCAAUAUGCAUUUGGCGAUGAAGAAGUUGCUGAAAACUUUGAACUCCUCCGGACUUGGCCAACAAAUGCUGAAAUCGCACACGAACUCACUACUGCCAACAAGAUUGCCAAUAGCUUGGCAGAGUUAGCUGGAAUGGGUCCGUUAGAAUCAGACGACGAAGAGCUAGACAUUGAUAGUGUGCUUGAGGAGUUCAAAAUCCCUAUUGAGGAUGAGGAUGACACACCGGAUGUAUCGGUAUGUGCAACAAAGGAUUAUCGAGUAAGAUAUGGUGCAAAAUCAGGUGAAUGGCCUGAGGAGCUUGCGUUUUCUGAAGCUGCUUUGUUAGCAAAGGAGCAAAACAAGCUUGAUCUCUUGCUCAAUCAAGUCCCUGACGAGGUUGAAGCGGAUGCCAUUCAAAACGCAGCAAUCUCCAUUGCCAGCUUAAUGAAUCCAACUGGCCAACAAAGAUCGCUGGGUAUUGGUUGA